GGAAAACUGAAGCACCUGGCGGUCACGUGAGGUUAUAUUUGAUUACUACAAGCGGCAAAAGUACGACGUUCAGUUUUAAAAAGCCAGAAGCCAAUGAAACCCUCAGCUCUUCCUGCCUGUCCUGCUCUCUGCAGUUUAAUGCAGAGCCCAGACACGCAGCCAGUCGCCGGACAUUUCUCUGUAAUUGAGGUGUUCAGAGAGCAGAAGAUAACGACUGGAUCGUCACUUCUCUGCUCAGAGAGCAGUUGGUUUGAAACUUUGUCUCUCUGUUCAUUUUCUGCUUUAAAUUCUCCACCAGACUGCGGUUUAAGAGUUGAAACUCUGUCAUGUUUAUGAGAUGGUCUGAGUCCUUCCUCUGCAGCUGUGUGUACAUUCAGGCCUCUGGUUUGCUGUCCGCUCUCCAUCCAUCUUCACCCCUCCUCAGCCUUGGUGGCAGUCCUCCACUGCCUCCUCCCUCUUUUUAAACUUCUGUUGGGUUAUUCUGGUUUCAGGGGCAGACAUUCCCUCUUUUUUUUUUAUUUUUUUUUUUUAUCUAAUCCUCUCUGUGCUCCACUUCUUCUCCCGGCCUUCACCUCUCCUGAUAAAUCCUCAGGGAGCUGGCAGCGGCUCAAAGUACGGCGGGUAGAACAUUAAUUCCUGGCAUUUCGAGCACUUGCCUUUGGCCUCGGACAAAAAAGAACGACGACCACUUUGGUUUGGUCAGUGUUAUUCGUUCCGCUCAAAGAGACCGCAAGAACCGAGGCCGCUUUGAAGAGAAGAGAGCACAAACAUGAGCGGGCGCAGGGCUGAACCUCUGCUCUAUUUUAAUAAUUUCUUCCCUCAGAGUCCUUCGGGUUUGGACCUCGAGCACGAAUGUUUGCCUUAGACAUGCUGCAGGAAAACUUGUCUGGACUGAUAGAUGAUUCAGGAACCAUUUAAAAAAGUUCGUUAGCAAACAGCUGGUCAACAGAAAUAAAAAGGCUCACAGUAAAUCGACCAACACCAGGCUGCCAGAGCAGAAAUGAAAGGAAGCAGCCAAGUGCAGAUGAAGAGAUAGAUGGGUGGCGGCAGGCAGGGGACAGAUGAGGUCUCCUGAAGAGACAGCUGGGAGGGGUGAUGAUGAAGAGGGAGAGAAGUUUAAAGAGUUGAAAGAGGAGGAGGAGGAGAGGUUAGGAAGGAAACUCCCUCCUGCUCGUGACCAGCUGCUCAGGAUUCACUCAGAGCGUCCACAGAGCAGCAGAGAGACUGGAGAGACCCAGAACCUUAAAGCUGAGUGGACCGGACCCUGGAUCCAAACUCUCUGGAGGGUUCUUCAUCUCUCGCUGCAGGUUUGAGCUCCUUUAUCAAACCUAAUGACAAAGCUCCCAAAUUCCUCUCCAGCACCCACUCAUCACUAAAAUUACUCUCCAUCCUUCACGUUUGCAGCUUCAAAGCCUCCAGCAAUCUUCUAAAGGGGCAUUUUUUUGUCUAUAUCCAAAACACGGCUGGAGGAGCUUGUAAUUAUGCUGACUCUCAUCAACUCUGCUGCUGCGUGACAGAGCUGAGGGAGAGCUGGGUUUUCCUUCUGAUUUCAGAUUAGAGAAGGUGGAAGAGCUGAGGUAAACACAGGCAGCGCUCAUCUAAACACUUGGUCUGUAUUUGUCUGCGGUGGCUGAGCUGCAGCGGGCGUAUCGAACGCUGAGAGCAGAAGAACAAGGCUCAUGGCCUUGGAGAUGUCCCCAACGAUGACCCGGUGUCUGCAGAGCAGAUCCAGGUCCACGCUGAUGCUGCUGCUGCUUCUGCUCACCGUCUCGCUGUGGACCCAGCAGGCCGAGGCUGUGGUCCAUUCCAGCUUCCGACGGCUCAGCGGGCGCGAGAAGAAAGAGAUGCAGAAGGAGAUCCUGAACCUCCUGGGCCUGCCAGGCCGACCCAGACCCCAUCCGCCGCUGAGGCCGCCCUCCUCUGCGCCGCUCUUCAUGCUGGACCUGUACCACGCCAUGUCUGCCGACGAUGAGGAGGAGAUGGUAAACGGACCGGGCCUGGGGAGGUACGGAGCUGCUACACAGGUGAACUACGCAGCGCUGCCCAUCCUCAGCACACACACCCCGCCGUUCGGGACGGUGGUCAGCGAGGCCGACACGGUGAUGAGCUUCGUCAACCUGGUGGAGCAGGAGCGAAACCUCCUGCAGGUUCGUCCUUACUGGAAGGAGUUUCGCUUCGACCUCACCCCCCUCCCUAAGGGAGAGACGGUGACGGCUGCAGAGUUUCGGAUCUACAAGACGCUGACUGUCGGCCAGAGGGCCAAUCGAACCUUGCACAUCUCUGUUUAUGAGAUCAAAAGGGAAAACAGGAACAGAGAGCCGGAGCUGGUGCUGCUGGACAUGCAGUCGGUUCCUGCGGGACAGGAGGGUUGGCUGGCGUUUGAUGUCACCUCUGCCUCCAACCACUGGCUGCUUCAGCCUCGCAGCAACCUGGGCAUCCGUCUCUACGUAGAAACGGAGGACGGUGAGAGCGCUGCCGGGCUGCCACAGCUCAGACUAUUAGGUUUAUUUUGUCCUUACAAACGUCUCCCCCCCCCCCCCCCCCCCCCCCCCCCCCCCUUAGAUCGCUCCCUGUCUGCGAGCUGGAUCGGGUUGGUGGGUCGCAGAGGCCCUCGCUCCAAGCAGCCCUUUAUGGUGACCUUCUUCAGGGAGAGCCAGAUCCCCUGUCGGCCGCCGCGAGCCGUCAGGCCCCAUCAGAGGAGGAAGAAAACCAAAUAUGAUCUCCCAAUCCCCACCAUCCACGGUCGUGGUUCGGUGAGCAAAGGGCAGCCCUGCAAAAAACACGAGCUCUACGUCAGCUUCGGUGACUUGGGCUGGAAGGACUGGGUUCUAGCUCCGAACGGAUACUCUGCGUAUUACUGCGACGGCGAGUGCAUUCAUCCGAUGGGCGCCUGCAUGAAUGCAACAAACCACGCCAUCAUCCAGCAAGUGGUCCACCUCAUAAAGCCCGAUGAGGUCCCCUCAGCCUGCUGCGCUCCCAAGAAGCUCAGCUCCAUUUCUGUCCUUUUCUACGACGACAAAAACAACGUGAUCCUGAAGAAGCAUCGCAACAUGGUGGUGAAGACCUGCGGGUGUCUAUGAGAGGAAGCUGAUGCUGGUCCACCAGUUUAAACUGGACUUGAACUCAACAUCCCUGAUGAGGCAGGUCAGCGGAGUGAUUCAGACAAUCUGAGCAGGUUGAACGCUUCUGCAUAGAUUUAACCCUGCUGCUUGGCUUUGUAUCUAUAUUUAAAACAGAUUUAGUUUUCUAUAAGACUGUAAAAAUUUUACAUUUCUGUACAGAACCUGAUUUGCAAGAGUUAAAUGGGCUGACAUUAAGUAUUUGAAGCAGGAGUCUCCCUUUAGAUCCUGC